UAUGAGGCACGCUCGACCAGUCUGUCGUCAACGACCGACUUCAGCAGUUUUGGUACAGGGCAGCUGUCUCUGACAGUUGCAUCAUCGAUUUAUCCGAGUCAAGUCAGGUGAAUAAAAAUGGUGGAAUUUGACGUGCCAAUGGCGAUGAGUUGACGUGAAAGUGUCUAGGAGAAUUAACAAAGAAAUAAUAGUAGAUAACGGAAGAUUAACAGACCCAAAUUGAAAUUAUUUUGUGAAUUUCGAGUGAAGUUCAAACACGCAGAAGAAUCAGUAUUUACUUGGCUGUGAAGGAUAGUUUAUAAUGGACCCUUAUUCCCUGAGUGUUGAACGCGAAGCGUCAAAGAACAUAGAGGAAAACGAGAGAGAAUGCUUCAAGGAUGCAAUUGUCUCCAGCAGAAGUCUGAACAAAGGCUUUGUCGAGCCUACACGUCUCAAAAAUGCAAUUCCCGAGAUCACAGCCUGUGUCCUCACCGCAUCGUUUCACAUCGCUGUGGGCCUCAGUAUGGCAUACUCAGCCAUAUUAAUUCCCAAAAUAGAAAUUAAUAAUGACACUCUCGUCGAGGCUAACAGCACCCAACUGUGGGCUACUAAGGCUGAAACUUCCUGGAUAGCAAGUGUUGUUGUAAUCGCGGCACCGAUAGGCUCCCUCCUGGGUGGUUUCCUAAUGGAAACAGUGGGUCGUCUUCGAACAUUGCAAAUUGGAACGAUACCCAGUGUCAUCGGUUGGAUCCUUAUAGCCACAGCAACAAACAUUCCCAUGAUCCUAGUGGGAAGAAUUCUCUCGGGAAUGUCAACAGCCCUAGCCACUUCACCUGCAAUAGUGUACAUAACAGAAGUGGCUAGGCCUGAGUUACGAGGCUCCCUGAUGUCAUUCGGACCCACCCUGGCAUCACUGGGAAUGGUGCUUGUCUAUCUCAAGGGUACAUUCCUGGAUUGGCGUCUUGUUGCCUGGUUGAGCAUCAUUUACGCCGUUGUACCAGUAUUUGCCAUCCAAUUGUUCGUUCCCGAAUCGCCUGUGUGGCUUGUUGCCAAGGGACGCAAUGAUGAGGCCAAAAAAGUAUUAGAAUGGCUGUACAAGUCUGACGUUCAAUAUGGGAAGAUCCCUGCAGCUGAGCAGCAUUACACCACCAUAACGAAGGAGAAUGAGAUUAAAUUGAGUGAACAGAGGAGGAGCAAACACGGUGGUGCCAGCACCAAAGUCAGGGCUUUCUUCAAACCAACUGGCUGGAAACCACUGCUCAUUCUCUUUCUACUGUUUUUAUUCCAGCAAUUCUCGGGGAUUUAUAUCACUCUGUUUUACGCUGUCACGUGGUUUGUGGAAGCCGGAGCAAAAAUUGAUCCCUAUACAUGUUCAACCUUCGUCGGUCUCACCAGAUUCUUCUGCUCUAUGGUGAACACCUGGUUACUGAGGCGAUACAAAAGACGAGUUCUGUGCAUCAUCUCGGCCCUUGGGAUGGCCCUCUGCAUGGGCAUCUCCGGGUACUUUACGUUUGUCAUCAAGAGAGAUAACCGAGAGGAGGAUCCACGUGCAAUAGCACCUGUUAUCUGUCUCCUGCUUUACGUGUGCACUUCCAUGAUUGGAAUGCUAACUAUUCCGUGGACAAUGACUGCUGAACUGUUUCCAACGGAAAUCCGAGGGAUUGCCCAGUCAAUCAGUUAUGCAAUGGCUAAUAUACUAAUGUUUGCUGCUGUCCAGAGCUUCAGAAGCCUCUCUGAUUUUCUAGGAGGAUCCUAUGCAAUUCAGUGGUUCUUCGCAGGCGUUUCUGUCGGCGCUGCAGUCUUCGUAUGGCUUCUACUCCCAGAAACUCACGGGAAGAAACUGUCCGAGAUUGAGGAAUACUUCCACACGAAUUUCGUGGCAGCAGGAGCUGAUGCCAAAGCGAAAAAACGCCGUGCCCAAAAACGAGCCCAACAGAAAGCCCAGAAUCAAGCCUCUGCGCCACUGAAUCCCAAACGUGCGGAUCAUGUUUAAAAAUGAUUUUUUUAAAUGAAAGUCUUUUCAAACACAAGAAAGUACAAUAGAGAAUAAUUAUGUUUCAUUCUGUCCUGAAAAAUUGAUCAAGUUAUGUUCGUAAUUUUUCAAAACACUCUUUUCAUUAAUUUUUCGUAGAUAGAAGCAAGAAUGAGUAUUAGGAUGAGAGCGUGACGUUUGAGGGGAAAUAUUGAACAAAAUAAUUUCGAAUGUUCCCUAAACGCAAAUGAUUAUAGUUCGUCCGUGAAGUGGCCUUCCUUAGAACAAAAAAUGAUAAUUCGAAUAAAUUGACUAUUUUGUUACGAAAUAAUUUACUUAAACGAACUAAAAUAAUUCAGUUUUUUCGGUUUUAUGACUGAAAUCCUCACGUGUUUUUUGUAUCUUAUUUAUCCGAAUUUUUAUACUAAAAAAUUGUGUAAAGUUUUAAAAAAUUUAGGGAACAAUGUGAUGUAUGUCCGACUCCCCUGAAUUAUUGAUUGUUGAAAAAAAUUUUGACGGAUGUAUUAUCUGACAAUAUUACCGUGAUUACGUCAACUGAGUAAUAAAAAUGCUUUAUCGAUUUUUGUAAA